AUGACACAGCAAAGAGCCUUAAACGGAACACACGGCGCUGGCCGGGAGUGCCAACGAGCCCUGGAGAACCCUGAGCUCCUGGAAAACCCUGAGCUGCUGGAGAACUCUGAGCUCCUGGAAAAUCCUGAGCUCCUGGAGAACCCUGAGCUCCUGGAAAACCCUGAGCUCCUGGAGAACCCUGAGCUCCUGGAAAACCCUGAGCUCCUGGAAAAUCCUGAGCUCCUGGAAAACCCUGAGCUCCUGGAGAACCCUGAGCUCCUGGAAAACCCUGAGCUCCUGGAAAAUCCUGAGCUCCUGGAAAACCCUGAGCUGCUGGAGAACUCUGAGCUCCUGGAAAAUCCUGAGCUCCUGGAAAAUCCUGAGCUCCUGGAGAACCCUGAGACCCUGGAAAACCCUGAGCUCCUGGAGAACCUUGAGCUCCUGGAAAAUCCUGAGCUCCUGGAAAACCCUGAGCUCCUGGAAAAUCCCGAGCUCCUGGAAAAUCUUGAGCUCCUGGAAAACCCUGAGCUCCUGGAAAUCCUUGAGCUUCUGGAAUACUCUGAGCUCCUGGAAAAUCUUGAGCUCCUGGAUAACCCUGAGCUCCUGGAGAAUCCCAAGCUCCUGGAGAACCCCAAGACCCUGGAGAACCCUGAGCUCCUGGAGAACCCCGAGCUCCUGGAGAACAAAACACCACCAACAACUCUUGCAGGCAAUGAGAACAGCGAGGCCCUCCCGGAGUCCAUCCCCUCUGCCCCCGGGACGCUGCCGCACUUCAUGGAGGAGCCCGACGACUCCUACAUCAUCAAGAGCAACCCCAUCGUGCUGCGCUGCAAGGCCAAGCCAGCCAUGCAGAUCUUCUUCAAGUGCAACGGGGAGUGGGUCCACCAGAACGAGCACGUGUCCGAGGAGAGCCUGGACGAGGCCACCGGGCUGAAGGUCCGGGAGGUUUUCAUCAACGUCACGAGGCAGCAGGUGGAGGAUUUCCACGGCCCAGAGGAUUACUGGUGCCAGUGCGUGGCCUGGAGCCACCUGGGCACCUCCAAGAGCAGGAAGGCGUCGGUGCGCAUCGCCUACCUGAGGAAGAACUUCGAGCAGGACCCGCAGGGGAAGGAGGUUCCCAUCGAGGGGAUGAUUGUCCUGCACUGCCGACCCCCCGAGGGGGUCCCUGCGGCCGAGGUGGAGUGGCUGAAGAACGAGGAGCCCAUCGACUCCAACCUGGACGAGAACAUCGACACCAGGGCCGACCACAACCUCAUCAUCCGCCAGGCGCGGCUCUCGGACUCGGGCAACUACACCUGCAUGGCUGCCAACAUCGUGGCCAAGAGGAGGAGCAUGUCUGCCACCGUGGUGGUGUACGUGAACGGGGGGUGGUCGUCGUGGACAGAGUGGUCCAACUGCAACGCCCGCUGCGGUCGGGGCUGGCAGAAACGCUCCCGGACCUGCACCAACCCUGCCCCCCUCAACGGGGGGGCCUUCUGCGAGGGCAUGUCCGUGCAGAAGAUCACCUGCACCUCCCUCUGCCCCGUGGAUGGCAGCUGGGAGGUGUGGAGCGAGUGGUCUGUGUGCAGCCCCGAGUGCGAGCACCUGAGGGUCCGCGAGUGCAUCGCUCCCCCGCCCCGCAACGGGGGCAAGUUCUGCGAGGGGCUGGGCCAGGAGUCAGAGAACUGCACCGAGGGGCUCUGCAUCCAAGAUCUGGAGACUGCCAGUGACAUCGCGCUGUACUCGGGGCUGGGGGCGGCAGUGCUGGCCGUGGCCGUGCUGGUGGUGGCCGUGACGCUCUACAGGCGCAGUCAGAGUAACUCCCUGCUCCUGAACUCCUCCAUGCAGCCCGACCUGACGGUGAGCAGGACCUACAGCGGCCCCAUCUGCCUGCAGGACCCCCUGGACAAGGAGCUCAUGACGGAAUCGUCCCUGUUCAACCCCCUGUCCGACAUCAAGGUCAAGGUGCAGAGCUCCUUCAUGGUGUCCCUGGGCGUGACGGAGCGGGCGGAAUUCCACGGCAAGGCUCACCCCGGCACCUUCCCCCACGGCAACGUCCCCCACCGAGCCUUUGGGACCGUGCAGGGCAGGAGCAAGGCCGUGUACAUCCAGAACCUGGCCUCCAUCUCCACCGCCAGCGAGCUCAGGACCACGGCCCUUUUCGGCCACCUGGGGGGCCGCCUGGUGGUCCCAAACACAGGAGUCAGUCUGUUGAUCCCACAUGGAGCUAUUCCUGAAGAGAGUUCUUGGGAAAUCUACCUUGCCAUCACUCAGAAGGAGUCCAGCCUGCAGCCCGAGGGCUCGGCCGUGCUGCUGGGGCCGGAGGUGACCUGCGGGCCCUCGGAGGUGACCGUCAGCACCCCCUUCGCCCUGACCAUCCCCCACUGCGCCCACGCCGACCCCCAGCACUGGAACAUCCACCUCAAGAGGAGGACCCAGCAGGGGAAGUGGGAGGAAGUGAUGUCUGUGGAAGAGGAAACUACUUCUUGCUACUGCCUGUUGGAUCCUUAUGCCUGUCACAUUCUCUUAAACAGCUUUGGAACUUAUGCCCUAAUUGGGGAACCCCUCUCUGACUGCGCCGUUCGACAGCUGAAAGUCGCCGUUUUUGGCUGCCUGUCUUGCAAUUCUCUGGAUUACAAUCUGAGAGUUUAUUGCAUGGAUAACACCCCUUGUGCAUUCCAGGAGGUGGUCUCAGAUGAAAGGCUCCAAGGAGGACAAUUGCUGGAGGAACCAAAACUUCUGCAUUUUAAAGGAAAUACCUGCAGCCUCCAGAUCUCAGUCCUUGAUAUCCCUCCCUUCCUUUGGAGAAUUAAACCAUUUACUGCGUGUCAGGAGGUGCCGUUCUCACGGGUGUGGCGUGGCAGUGCCCGGCCCCUGCUCUGUGCCUUCUCCCUGGAGCGCUACAGCCCCGGCACCACCCAGCUCAGCUGCAAGGUCUGUGUCAGGCAGCUCAAGGGCCACGAGCAGGUCCUGCACGUCCAGACCUCCAUCCUCGAGAGUGAAAGAGAAACCAUCACCUUCUUUGCACACGACGACAGCAACUUCCCUGCCCAGGUGGGUCCCAAGGCUUUCAAAAUCCCCUUCUCCAUCCGGCAGCGGAUCUGCGCCACCUUCGACACCCCCAGCGCCAAGGGCAAGGACUGGCAGAUGCUGGCCCAGAAAAACAGCAUCAACAGGAACCUCUCCUACUUUGCCACCCAGAGCAGCCCCUCCGCCGUCAUCCUGGACCUGUGGGAAGCGCGGCACCAGCAGGACGGGGACCUGGACUCGCUGGCCUGUGCCCUGGAGGAGAUUGGGAGGACACACUCCCAGCCCCCCGAGCCCCCCGAGCCCGAGCUGGAGGAGCCCGACUUCAGCCACAGCCGCCAGAACGGCCUUUAG